AUGACAAUAAUUUCAUUAGAUAACAAACAUCAGAAGAAUCUUGGAUCGCAGAAGGAAGAUGAUCAGAAUGAGGAGAAGGUUGGUUCUGAAGAAGCUUCUGAAGUUUAUAAAUCAAUUUUUUUUCGCAGAGCAAGAAGGAAAGAUUUCGAUUCUUCUCCAAAACCCGCUCCAGAUCCAAAAAAGCAAAGAAAUCAAAGUCGGAAACGACGAUCACCGCAUUGACAACAACAACAUCGGAAGAUCGAAUAUCGACUGUGAAGACAGCUGAAUCAGUCGAUAAAAUAACAGCGGCUGAAGAUGCGUGGAUUGCAAAAUGGUCGAAACGAUUGAUUUCGCGGAAAUGGUAUCAUGGAGUUAUGCCAAGAGAGGCUAGCAUUGAAUUGUUGAAGGUAAGUGGGUGCAGAAAGAAAUCUGUCAGGGAAAAUUUGGAUUCGAAAAUUUCACUGUUUCAACAAUUUUUCAACUUGUAAUUUAGAAAUUUAUAUUUUGCUUUGUUGUUUGAGUUUUAAGGACAAUUAUUCAAAAUUUUUUAGCGAAUUUAUUUCAAGGUACAUACAGUAACCGGAAGGUUUUGGAGGGUUUUUUCACUUUUGCGCUGAAAAUGCUGGAAAUAUUUAUUUACAGUGAAUUUGAGCGUUUUUAGCCCAAAAUUCUGAUAGGAAAACAUUUUUGCACACAUUGCUCAGGAUAUAGGGGAAAAUUCCGGAUUUUUUGAGCAUUACUCAUGUUAUAUGGAAAAUUUCGGAUUUCUUAGCAUUGCUCAGGUUAUAGGGUAAUUUCCAGCAUUGCUCAGAUUUUUGACGAAAUUCAGCAUUUUUUGAGCAUUGCUCAGGUUAUAGGGGUUUUAAUUUUUUAUGUUCUCACAUUUUCACCACGGUAUUUGAAAAUGUGAAAAGUCUAAUAUGAGCAAUAUUUUUCCCCAUAUUUUCUUUUUGGAAAAUUCUAACAUGAGCAAUGGUUUUUCAGAUUUUUUUGGGAAUUUCGUCAAACUUUAAACCGAAAAUCAAGUUUUUUGAAGAAAAAGAGCAAUGAUCUGAAUAUGUGAAAUUUUUCUAAGAAAUCUUCGAAACUAUUUUUUUUAUGAUGUCUAGUCAUAAUAUUACGUGUUUUCCAUUUUUCACCAUCCAAAAAAAAACUUCGUAGAAAUGCUGUUCAUAUUCCUUUUUCUGGUCGUACAAGGUAAAAAAGUUUUCAAUCAAUAUUUCUUCAAAAAAUCUUUUAAGCUCAAAAAGGUGGAAAUAAUGAUCGAACUGCUGAAGAGAACAAAAUGUUUGUCGAUAGAAUUAUCCUUGCUGAAGGUAUCUUUGAUUAUUAUCAGAGAGCUCUAAAAAGCUGGCGAAGUGCAUCAAAUGACAACUUCUGAUUUUGAGAUUCAUCAGUGUUCUGAUCUAGGAAUCGGACCUUUGAAUGUCAACAAAAUAAAUUCGAGACUAAGGGCUGUUAAGGAGAGUCUGAAAUUUCGAAAAUCUCGAAUAACCGAAGCGAAAUAUGCUGGUGGAUUCUUUUUCUUUGCUGUCAAAGUGAAUUCAGAUGAAGGGCUCAUCUCUAAAAAUCUCUACAAAGCUGGUUUUAUUGGUGAUAAAGCUUUCCUUGUAUCGGAAAAUAUUACAAAUUGUCGACAGGGUUUUAGCCCAUUUUUAACAUCGAUUAUUGAUGAGAACGAAACAUUUCACAAUAUUUCAUUGAAUUUAUUAGAGACCUAUCAAAAUGCGAUUCGUAACUAUGAUCGAUUGAUGUUGGAAGAGAUUUUCAGUAGAGAUUUUCAAAUGCGAACAUGUGAUAGGCGAAUCUUUCAUAAGGAACGAUUUUUGAACACAAUAAUUCCACAAAAAUCAUCGAGCCCUGUUAAAAUUGAAAAAAGUGGAAUAAAAGCGAGGACAGAUGGAUUUUCAGUUGUCGCUGAUUUAUCUGGAACAUUCUAUGAAUUCCAGAUUUCAUUGGUGGAAGAGAGGGGAAUUUAUCAGAUUUCUAGAGAGAAAUUGCGCUAUUGUUAUGGUUAUGAAGAUGAUUUGGGGAAAACUGCAGAAGCUAGGAGGAUCGCAGAGGAAAUUGAUCGGAAAUAUCAUACAUACAAUUUGGAUCUUGCGGAAAUAUUUGACGAAUAUUACACAGUAAUUCAAUGCGAUGGACAUCACGAAUUAUUUUCGAGAAAAGAAUUCAUAGAGAAAAUGCUGAAGAAUGAGCCAUUCAGAAGUCGCCAUGAAAUUUAUGAAGUUCGGGAGGAUUUGGAUCACGGAAAAAUCAACUACGAUGGAAUUGGCCUCAAAGUUUAUAGUUUGAUGAAAAAACAUUCGAAAUAUGUAUUGAUGUCUGAAGAAUGGCGCGAUUGUGAAGCUUUUAAAAAUAAUUUGAAAGUUGAGAUCAUUGAGAAGUGUUGGAAUCGGAUAAGAGAAUUGCAAACACCUGAAGUAUCUGAUAGAUUCACAACGAUAGAUUGUGAUGGUACCACCCAUGAUUUUGAUUGGUUUUUAACAGAAAUUUUCAAUCGAGAAGAUAUGAAAAGUUAUGAAAGGGUUGAGAAAUCGAGAUAUUAUAUUCGAGGAAUGUUGUUUAAAAUUGGAAGAUUCAAUUUUAAUUUGGAUUCUGAUGGAAAAUUGUUAACUAUAAAAUGUAUUCAGCAUAACUUGAUUGGAUGAAUAUUGGAUUUGAAUGUGAAAAAAAAUGAAAAAUUCAUUUUUUUUGGAAUUCCUCAAGUAUAGGAAAAAUUCUCUGGAUUUUUUUGAGCAUUGCUCAGAUUAUAGGGUAUUUCAUGUUCUCACAUUUUCACCACGGUAUUUAAAAAUGUGAAAAGUCUAAUAUGAGCAAUAUUUUUCCCAGAUUUUCCUUUGAAAAAUUGUAACAUGAGCAAUGAUUUUUCAGAUUUUUUUGAGAAUUUUGUCAAAUUUUAAGCCGAAAAUCAAGUUUUUUGGAGAAAAAUGUGGCAAUUAGCGAAAAUUUCAAACAAAAAAUUUUGAAAACCAUUGCUCAUAUUAGAAAUUACUGCGUUCGAGCGUAGCGAGUGUGAACCGCAAGCUUCCGCGUCAGCGGCACUAUCUUCCGCGAAGCGGCCAGUUCCUCUGCGUCUCUAUCUGUAUAGCUGUCUGAUCUCUCUGCGUCUCUCACUUCCACAUUCUCUCUAAUCGAGUGUAAUCCGCAAGCUUCCGCGUAAGCGGCUAGUUUCUCUGCGUCUCUCAAUUUCACAUGCUCUCUAAUCGAGCGGAGCGAGUGUAAACCGCAAGCUUCCGCGCCAGCGGCACUAUCUUCCGCUUCAGCGGCCACGUGGAUUACUGUAACGUGGGAUCAGUAGUAGACAGGAAAAUUUUGAGUUUUUGAUCAUUUCUCAGAUUAAAAAUAAUCUUUUUUUCCAGAACGAUGGUGAUUUCCUGGUUCGAAAAACAACGGAAAAAUCUCGUCCCAUAUUCUGUCUCACAGUUUUGCACAACAAUGAACCCCGCCAUUUCACACUUCUCAACAACAAUUCAUUUUGGACAAUCAACGCGCAAAAAUUUGAAGAAGCUCAAAAAUUUGCGCAUUUGGUGCAGCUUUUGAAUUUUUUGGUCUCGGAAAAAUGCAAACUUCAACCAAGCGAUGCGAUUUUGGUUCGGGGAAUCAGUCGGCCCAAAUAUUAUAUUUUGCAUGAUGAAAUUGUGUUGGAUGGAAAAUUGGGAGCCGGUGCUUUUGGACAAGUUUGGCGUGGCAAAUUUUGGCGGAAAAAUGAGGCGAAAGAUGUGGCGAUCAAAAGAUUGAACCACGGAAAAUCGGGAAAAGAAAUAUUGCGAGGAUUUGUGAAGGAGGCGAAAUUGGUACAGAAAUUGAACCACCCAAAUUUGAUUCGUGUCAUCGGAAUUGCUCCCACCGAAGAGCCCCUUAUGAUUAUCCUGGAGCUCGCCAAAAAUGGUUGCCUCAAGAAUUAUUUGCACAAUCUGUCAAAAAAGGAAAAACGAGUGGAGGAUGAGAUUUUGAUUGGGUUUUGUUUGGAUAUGGCGAGAGGAAUGGCGUAUUUGGCGGCGAAAAUGAUUAUUCAUCGAGAUUUGGCGGCCAGGAAUUUGUUGUUGGGUGAGUUUUUGGGUUUUUCUAGCAUUGCUCAGGUUAUAGGGGAUUUUUUCGGCUGGAAAGAAAAAUUGGAAUUUUCUCUAUAAUCUGAGCAACGCUCAAGAAUUUUGCGCAGAAAAUGCUAGAAAAAUUGAUUUUCAGUGAAAUUUAUCAUUUUCAGCGUUUUCAGCACAAAAUUCUGAACUUUAACAAUAUUUUUAGGGAUUUUUAGAGAAAUGCUCAGGUUAUAGAAAAAAAUUCGAGAUUUUUUAAGCAUUGCUCAGGUUAUAGGAAAAAUCCUAACCUGAGCAAUCCUCGAAAAAUCCAGAAUUUUCUCUAUAACCUGAGCAAUUUUCGAAAAAAUCCCCAAAAAUUGCUAUUAGAUCAAAAUUUUGCGCUGGAAACGCUGGAAACGCUGAAAUUCACUGAAAAUCAAUAUUUCCAGCAUUUUCAGCACAAAUUUUCAGCCCAAGACCCUCUCAAAACCAUACGAUUACUAUAUGCACCUUGAAACGAGUCGGAAAGGAUUUUGAGAGCAUUGCUCAGGUUAUUGGGAAAAUAAAAAAAACAUUUUUGAGGUACAGUAUCCAAACUGCAAAAUUACUUUAACCUGAGCAAUGUUCAAAAAUUCGAGCGGAGCGAGUGUAAACCGAAAGCUUCCGCGUCAGCGGCACUGUCUUCCGCUUCAGCGGUCACGUGGAUUACUAUGACGUGGAUAAAAUCUCACGAUUUUCCCCCUAUAACCUGAGCAAUGCUCAAAUCUUUCCAGGCGAAAAAAUGGAAGUAAAAAUCUCGGAUUUCGGCCUAAGCGAAUGCGGCAAAAUCGAGGCCCGUGCCACCAAAAUCAAAGUUCCCAUCCGCUGGUUAGCUCCCGAAUCCAUCGACACCCUCAUCUUCACCACAAAAUCCGAUGUUUGGGCAUUCGCCGUGACAAUGUGGGAGAUCUUCUCAAUGUGUGCAUCGGACCCAUUUCCGGGUUUGACGAAUCGCCAAGCGAAGGAUAUAAUUCGAGACAAAUCGAAGAAUCCACCAAUGGAUCCGCCAAAUGAGACACCAAAACAAAUGGCCAAAUUGAUGGUGGAAUGUUUUGAGAGAAAUGUUGAGGAGAGACCGGGUUUCGCGGAAAUUAUGAGGAAAUUGGCACCGGAAAAUGAGGAUUUGAACAGUUUUGAAGUAUUUGCACCGAAAAGUGAGAAGGAACAGGAUGAAAGUGUGAGUUUUUGGGUGCAUUGCUCAGGUUAUAGCGGAAAUUUUGCGCUGAAAAUGCGGGAAAUAUUGAUUUUCAGUGAAUUUUUGUAUUUCCAGCGUUUACAGCGCACAAUUCUGAUAGGAAAACAUUUUUGGGGAUUUUUUUGAGCAUUGCUCAGGUUAUAGGGAACAUUUUGGAUUUUUUCGAGCAUUGCUCAGGUUAAUUUUCCGGUUUUUUUAACAUUGCUCAGAUUAAAGGGAAAUUUUUCGAUAAAAAUUUUUUUUCUAAACUUUUUUUUCAGAAAAUUUCAGAUUUUUUGAAUUUUUCAGCAAACAUUUUCCAGAAUUUCUAGGAAUUUUGAAAAUCUUUAAAUUCUAGACAUAAAAAACAAUUUUAUAACCUGAGCAAUUCUAGAAAAUCCCUAAUUUUCUCUAUAACCUGAGCAAUGCUCGAAAAAUUCCGGAUUUUCGAGCAUUGCGCAGGUUAUAGAGAAAAUCAAGAAUUUUUCGUAUAACCUGAGCAAUGCUUAAAAAAUGUUUUUUUUCCGGUUUUUUGAGCAUUGCUCAGUUUAUAGGGAAAUUUUUCGAUAAAAAUUUUUUUUCUAAAAUUUUUUUUUUGAAAAUUUUAGAUUUUUUGAAUUUUUCAGCAAACAUUUUCCAGAAUUUAUAGGAAUUUUGAAAAUCUGUAAAUUCUAGACAUAAACAAACAAUUUUAUAACCUGAGCAAUGCUAAAAAUCCCUAAUUUUCUCUAUAACCUGAGCAAUGCUCGAAAAAUGUUUUUUUUUUCCGGUUUUUUGAACAUUGCUCAGGUUAUUGGGAAAUUUUUUAUUAAAAAAAAUUUUCUAAAUUCUUCUAUUUUUUUUUUAGAAAAUUUCAGAUUUUUUGAAUUUUUCAGCAAACAUUUUCCAGAAUUUAUAGGAAUUUUGAAAAUCUGUAAAUUCAAGACAUUUAAAAAUUUGUUGUAUAAUCUGAGCAAUACUCAAAAACCCCUGAAAUUUUCGUAUAACAUGAGCAAUGCUCGAAAAAUCCAGAUUUCUAGAGCAUUGCUCAUCUUAUGCCCCAAAAAUCCUCAAAUUUUCAGAAAAAAGAAGUGACUGAAACAAUUCUUGCCACCGAAAUCGUCGAUCAUCCAUCGAAGGCUGAAAAACGGAUCAAAAAGCAGAAAUCUGAGCCGGAAAUUGAGCAGAAAAAAUGA